UUAGACUGUCAACAGAAUCAAACACUACCAUCUCAAGAACCAGAAGGAAUGAUCCAGAAGGGAAGUGAGCUCCAGUUUAUGAGGAAAAAUGGAAUUUAAAACAAAUUUCACAGGAAAAGUAACCUUUACAACAAGCGAUAGGAAAAAUAUGAAUCAAAGCAAGAAAAAAAAAGUGGAAGCCCGCCGCCGUCCUGCAAAAAGUCCUGGAAAAAGUCCUGGAAAAAGUCCUGAAAAAAAUACUGACAAAGAAAUCCAACUAAAUUCAGGCAAACCAGUUCCUUCCUCCCGUUACAAUCCUGCAAUGUUGAAGGGCUUAAAUCCAGGACAAAAAAAAUAUCUGAAAGGCAUGAUGAAAAUUUAUGAUGCUAAACCCCAAUGGAAGGGCCUGAAAAAACAGUAUCUUAUUGGUCUUUGCUACAAACAUGCCUUAGGUUAUAUUGACAAGAAGAACGCCAUGUCUUUUAUAGCUGUUAUGGAUGGAUAUAUUAGAAAUGGACCCUUCACAGGCAAAAGUAAAAAGUGAAAGCUUCCAAAGAGCUCUAAUCCCUACUCUUGAAGAAAAUCUAUGGCCUCACAGUGAUGAACUACCAUUAAGAAGUCAUUAGAGAGCAAGGAUCUGAGUAUGUUUAAGGAGGAUACAUAGCCAUCAUAGCCUCAAUGACACAAUAAGACCCUCAAUUCCUUCAGGAAUGAUGUUUCCCAACUCCAUUCACACUGGUUGUGAAGUAGAGUCGUAGGAUUAAUAAUUAUACUAAUGUGAUAUAGAUUACAAACAAGGUUUUUUUUAAUCUACUUUGGCCUUUGCAACACGGUGGAAUUAGGAGGUGUUAGAGACCCAGGGAAUAAACAUAUCUGUCUAUACACAAA